CAUUGAUAUCCAAUCCUACUGAUUUUUUAUAUUGGCCCUAUAACGAUCUCUCUUGUUUAGCGUUAGAUGUUUCACAUGCUUUUGAAGCGCCAAUUGAUCAAUUAAUGAUCAACGGCCCUCUAUCGUCAAAGCCCCACCACCACCAAAUAUUCAACAUCUAAACCAACUUGGCACAAGCAGCUACUCAUCGUGGAGCCAAGACUUCCCAAACUACCAUCAGCCAUGGUUCCCCUCCCCCUCUUCAAGCUUGCAUCACUGCUUGUGAGACAUGUCUCCAAGUAUGGCGCGAACCACAUAAAGGCUCAAGCUCAUGAUCACCCUCGAUUCCGAGCGUUCGCCGCCCGUUAUGGACAAUACAUGCAUCAAUUGAACAUGCGGGUGUCGGUUGCAUUAUUACGAGACCCGGAAGCGGAGCGAAGAGCAAAGGAAAAGGCCGCGGCACCGACAGUCAAAACCGAAGACCAGCAGAAGCGCGACGACCAACUUAAGCAGAAGCCAGAAGUCAUCAAGAGUGGCUUAACCUUUCAAAAUAUAUGGCGGCGAAAAUUCAGAUCGCUACCAGAAAAUAAGGCAGUGGACUUGUUCGCCGACGUUAUUGGCGAUGCCUUCAUUCUCUCGGUGGCCAUCGCUCUUAUUGUCUACGAAACUUGGAGGACAUCGAAGAAGCCCGAUAUCAACAAAAUGCGAAUAGAAGAGCUGGACCAAAAGUUAGAAGAUCUCAGGAAGAGGGAAGAGGAACUAGAGGAGGCGGAAAAGAAGCAGAAGGAACGAUAUGAAAGCUUGGAGGAGGCUCUGCGUGGACUGAAGGAUCCCAAGACGAAGCAGCCCUUAUUCCCAACGUUGCAAGCCUCAUGA